AUGGGUCGCGGCAAUUCACUAGUUGAUGACUUAAGUUCUUUUGUAAAUAAUCCUUUACAUAGUGAUUUGGAAAUUGUUUGUGAAGAUGGAGUUCUAUAUGGUCACCGUGUAAUUCUUGCAGCCCGUUCGGAUGUUCUUGAUCCACUGUUGAGUAACGGGAUGGAAGAGUCAUUUAAAAAUCAAAUUAAAUUUCCAGAGAUCAAAGAGUCGGUAAUGAAGAUUAUUCUUAGAUAUUUAUAUACUGGAUCAGUUAUUGAGAGUGAUUUAUCAAUAGAUAUUGUGUUUAAUAUUUUUCAAGCGGCAGACUUCUUUCAACUAGAUAAUCUUAAAGAUCAUAUUUUAGAAUUUUAUAGGAAAACCUGUAAAGAAAGAAACAAUGCUCCAGAAUUGCUAUCAAAAGCAGUUCAGCACAUAACUCCAGUAGCAGAUAAUGCCGUUAUCGACUUCUUGGUUGAUUCCAUUUCCAAAAUUUCUCUAAAUAAUAUUGAAUCUGGUCAAUUAUCUUUUCAAGCAUUACAAUGCUUGCUCUCCAGGACAUUUGAUAAAAAAAACGGGGUUUUUUGUACAAACGAAUAUUCUGUCUUGCGUUUUGCAAUUUUGUCAGCGGCAGGAGAAGUAGCGCAAAACACCUCGAUUUUAGAGAAAAAGAUACCAGCAUGGGAGGAAAUUAAGGAUGAGAUCAAGCGUGGAUUUGAUCUUAAAAAAUAUGAAGACAUGUCAGAUAUUUUAGAUAUUCGUGUUCCUAUUGCAAAUAAGUUGUCACCUCUUAUUGAUUUUAUUGAUCUUCGGCGCAUCGAUGGAUUAAUUCUUGCCGAUAUUAUCGAACCUUUGGAUUUAAUUAAAAAAGAUCAUUUGUAUAAAAUCUAUCGUUCUUACGCUCGUCGGGAAUAUUUUUCGCCUUUUCGCGGUAUUUCAUGUUCUCGCGAAAAUAUUAAGUGGGAAAAAAACGGCUGCAGUCAAAAUUUGAUCAUUAGUCCGGAUGGAUAUACGGUAUAUCAUGAAGGAAGAAAAGGAUAUCAAAGUAUUAGAACUAAUCUUUUAAUGGACGAGGGAUUUUACGAACUUCAUAUCAAGAUCGAAAAAUUAGUUAAUGAAGGUGGUGACGUAGGAUUUGGAGUAUGCGGCGAAGGUCUAGAUUAUUUAAAUUGGGCAGGAUGUCAGAAAAAUGGUUGGGUUUUAAGCACUAACGCUACAGCCCUUCACAACGAACAUCGAACGCCUAUUCAAAUGCCACCAUUUCGCCGUGUUAACGUUGAGGUCAUCGUGCAUUUGGAUAUGGAAAAUAAGACUUGCGCAUUCACCAUCGAUGGAAAAAGUUACCCUCCGAUUGCUGAAUGGAAAGACUUUCCACCAAGGCUGUAUUUUGCUGCAUCUCUUUCUAGUGGAAGUCAGUUGAAAAUUUUAACAUAA